UUUUUUUUUUUUUUAAAUCUUAUUUUGUUGGAAAUCAUGAAUGAAGAAGAUCAAGCUGACGAAGUAGCUGACUUUUCAACACUACUCGGGAAAACAAAGAAACGCGGUGAAGCUCCCAAACGUGGCUCAAAGAAUUUUGCACCUGAUAAUACUCCUGGUCAACAAGCAAUGGUUGACAAGUCAAGAGAAGUUUUAUUCGAAUUGGUGGGGGAAACUAAACCUCUGGCAGCUCAACAUAGUAUUGGCGUUCUUACUGCUACCGAUAAUAACCAUGAACCGUGGAUCACGACCAUUUUACAAAAAAAAGGAACACAUUAUCAAUAUAUGGGUCAUUCCUUUCAAGGCAAUAUGGUACUCUAUCUAGAAGAAGCUGCUUGGUUGAUGAAUCGACGUGCCCUUUGUAUUUAUUCCAAACCUGAAUCAGCAUUGAAAGCAACCACUUCGAAAUCAUCAGAUCUUACGGGAAUCAGCAUCAACAACAAUGACGACACAAUAUUGACUUUUGAAGAUUUCUGUUCGUUUAUGUUUGCUUCCAAAGAUGGUUGGAUAACUUUUGAAAAGUAUCAAGUAUACGCAUAUUUGAAACGACUGGGGUAUAAUGUACAACGAUCAACCCUUUCCUCACAACAGCAAAACAUUGUCGAUCAGUCAUUAGUAUCGUCACCAGCAACAGCGAGGUUAACAUCUUGGAAACAAAACUGCAAGUCUUUCUUUGGUAUGAUCUGGCAUCGUUUCGUCGCUUGGAUUCAUACGAUGAGUCGGUCGAUAGGAUUAUUAUCAACUCGUCCUUUGAUACGACAUUAUGAAUGUCGUCAGUAUAAUUCUGUUUAUUCAAGAUUAAAAACGAUAUCAUCUACGCCUUGGUAUCUUGGUUUGUCUCCUGAAGAUCAAGAUGCUUCUAAACCCUUUUAUACAGUAACAUGGGAUGUUUAUAAACCAAAUCCGAAAUGGAAGAAACGUGAUCCAGGUAUACCUGAUUAUCGUGUUGUUGUCGGCAAUAUGAAUGAUCCACUCCCUUCGCCAUCUAAUCUCAACUACCUAUUCAGUCAACUCUAUGGAUUGCCAUACAAACAUGAUGCAUACCGUGCCAUUCGAAAUACUCAGUCACCAAGCUCACAUCCCGCGUUUUUGAUAGGCCUUGUAGGCAAUGCAGAAGGUGUCUCCUUCUUGCGUCUCCAAGGUGAUGGUAUAUCUGAUAUUGUUCUUCCUUCUGUUUGAUCUGUUGACACUCCACACUCAUACAUAUAUAUAGCUACCUAAACUUAGUUAGACGAUACCCACACAUUUAUUCUAUUAGAGUAUUUUAUGUUUGAUUCAUUUGAAACAUAUUUUAUCUAUCCAUAUAAUAAUAACAAUAAUAAUAAUAAUAAUAAAAAAAGAGAAUAG